CGCUCGCCAUGGAAUUGGUCGCACACAACAUUCUUUCUGGACCAAUGCCCUCCAACUCUCGCGAUAACGAAGGGGAGCUGACUUCCGCACAACCAAUAAAGCUUAUGGAAGGCGUGGUCAGACGCGUCAGACGUGCGAAUGAUGACCUUCGAACUGAAUUGUUCGCAGUUUCUCAGCGUGGAGACCACCUUGCGAGAGGUUUCGGCUUCAAGACCAUUGACGAGGCGGAGGCGACGAUCGCCGCACGUCCAGCGAUCUUCAAUCGAGCGUUUGUCGAGCAAGCCGAGUCUAAGCUGCUGGACCUCGAGACACAAGUGAAGAAGCACGUUAAUUUGGAAAUAGAGUCAUGCAACGCUCUUCAAGAAGCAUCCAGACGAAUAGACGAGCUCAAGAAGGAGAACGCGAGGCUGAGUGCUGAGCUAAAGGCGACAAAACGCAAGGACAAUGGUGUCAGGCCGCUGCAGGACGUUACGCCCGUAAACGCGCACGGCUCUCAUGAUACCUCAGUAUAUGCGCCUUUACCGUCAUUGUCCAGCUUGACCGCUGUCAGCUCAUCGACAGGCGACCUCGCUUCUAUCAAAGCAGAACUACAGGAGCUGCGCAAGAGCUACGAUGCGUUACGCCAAGCAAAAGAGCGCAGCGACGCGAAGCAUAUGGCCGAUUAUGUGAAGUGGCGGAACUUCAAACAAUGGAUGUUUGACGAGAAAGAGGCUUCUCUAUCGAGCAUCCUAGUCGAGGGCAAGACGCCCAACUGGAAACGCAUCUUGAAGCUGCGGAAGAAGUAUAUGAAGAUUGGACCUCAGACGGAUACACCGGAGUCAUCCAAGGCGCCGGAAGCAACUACGAGUGCGCAUAUAUCCUCGCUGAGCGCAAACAUAUCUUCGUCAGCCACGCAUAAACCCUCGCCGAGUACACACGCACCUUCUCCGACCACGCGCAUCCCUUCCUUAAGAACGCAAGCAGGUGUAAAGGAUCUCGCGGAAAGCGAGCCUCCCAUUGGCUCGCUGACGUCCCAUCUCAUGAAAGCUCAGGACGAGGAGAAACAGGCAGAGUCACCUGCUGCUUUUCCGCCCAAGGCUCCAAAAGCUCUGAUCUGUAUGCCACCGAAAAGCCAGAAGCGCAAGCUGGACGAAAUGUCAUCUUCAGAAACGGAAGACGACUCACAGGCUCCUUCGCCGAUAUAUGAGACUCAGCCAGGGCUCGUUCGACGCUUCCUGGAGUCGCCCGUCCGCACUAGCAGCAGAAGGAAGAGCGAGCCCACUAAGCCCACUGCUACCGUGUGCAAGUCGCCGAGGAAGCCGCACUCACCGUCAGUCACCUCACCAAGAUCCCGCGACCUUGCUCUUGCGGUCAGCCCGCGGAAGCGCGUGAACUCGACGCCGGCCAGGGAAAGCAGUGCGGAUAAGGAGAAUGCCCAUACCCCGAACACGGCAUGCAAGCGUCCGGUGGAUUACUCGGUAUAUAAAGGAAGGGGCAGGUAUGCCUCCAACGCAAGUGCUACCAAGACGAUCAACGCAGACUUUAAGAUGGACACCGCGCGCAACGCCGGAGUGGAGUUCCAGUUCGACGAGGUCGUGCGGAAUAAGGAGUCCAGGAAGCAUCUUCACGCUGACGACUGCGAGUGCUGUAGAGGCUAUUACGAGGGCCUCAACCCAAUGCCGCCCCGCCUCCAGCGUCCGUUAUGGCGUUCGCCCUCGCCCUCCAAGCGCAAGCACGAGCACGGCCCAUCGACCUCCAGCGCACGGACGGUGCUCGCGCCUGACUCGGAUGACGAACGACAGCAGGCCAUCGAGGAGCACAAGCGCGAAAUUUCUCGGCAUCGCCAACGGUGGGAACGACCGCUGACCCCACCGGGGUACUGGGAGAUCGGGUUCCCGGACACACAGGAGGCCGCGGAGAUCAAUGCGCGGGCGAGGGAGAUGCACGAGCAAAAGCGAGCGCGGAUUGAGGCUGAGGCGAGUCGUGGUGGACGAUACAAGAGGCGGUGAUUGGGAUGGUCAAUGCAACUAUACAUGGGAAAGGUAAGUCAGUUGGAACGGCAGAUUGGAAUCUCGGGUGCUCUUUCAUGUAGUCUGGACAUGUUCAGACAUAUUGCACUGCCAUCGCAAUUUGCUCUACCUUGCUCGAAGGUCAUCAUUUCGGACACUGGAAGUACACUCAAUGGACAUUACAUCAUCAAUUUAUAUCUCAUCUAUGCAGUGCGGCAUCAUCCAUUACCUCUUGCAUCCCCGCCACCUUUUGUAGGUAUCAUACUGAAUCGUAUCGAAGAUCGAGGAAUUAGCGUGAGUCUCUGCCCAGACGUGAGCAGG